UCCUCGCUACUCGGCGCCGGUGUCUCCUCCCCUUCUCCCUCCCCCCAAAACCCUACCUCCGGCCCUUCCUCCUCGAAAGGCAGGCGAAAAAUUCGCGCGGGCGAUCGGCCAAGGGAUGGCGGCGGCGGAGGGGGAGACGAGCCGGCUGUUCCGCGUCCGGCGCACGGUGAUGCAGAUGCUGCGGGACCGCGGGUACCUGGUGCUGGACGCCGACGUCGACAUGACCAUGGGCGAGUUCGUCGGGCGCUACGGCGACCCCGUGCGCCGCGAUGACCUCGUCAUCAACCGCGCCAAGAAGGACAACCCCGACGACCAGAUCUACGUCUUCUUCCCGAACGAGCCCAAGCCCGGCACGAAGGUGGUCACCAGCUACGCCGACAAGAUGGCGCAGGAGAACGUCCCCAAUGGCAUACUCGUAGUGCAGCAGGCGCUGACCGCCUUUGCCCGCAACAAACUGAUCGAGACCGCUAAAUUCCGGCUCCAGGUCUUCCAGGAAGGGGAGCUUCUUAUAAACAUUAAGAAUCACGGUCUGGUUCCUGAGCACGUGCUCCUCACACCGGAGCAGAAGAAGACGCUGCUGGAGAAAUACACCGUGAAAGAAACUCAGCUGCCUCGCAUUCAAUAUACGGAUCCAAUAGCAAGAUACUAUGGCAUGAGGCGUGGACAGGUCGUGAAGAUCACCAGGCCCAGUGAGACUGCUGGCAAAUAUGUGACAUAUCGCUAUGUUGUCUGAGCUCCACUACAUUCUCAAGGGUCGAGAUGUUCUGCAAGCACUGCCAGUUAAAACUCCUAAGUAGUAGACACUUGUUUUCUCGAGGAACAGAAGUCCUUAUAGAACCGCCUUAGUGCUCUGUCUUUACAUCUGCUUGUCAAUUUGGCAUGACUCUGUUAGCUAGCAUCUAGACAUAGACAGCUAAAUAGCUCUUUGCUAGUAUUGCUACCCGAAAUAGUUGGUCUAAUUCGCGGAGUUCAACUUAGUGCUCCUGUAUUUAUCUGAAUGGUAUGAACAUGCCUUCUGGGACCGUUGUUUGUUUGACUAGCAAAGAAAAGCUGCAACAUCA